GGAAAGUGAAAGUUUGCUUCCGUUUACUAUACCUGGCAGUCGCACUAUUACACUAUUCCAAUGGUGCUUUCUGCUGCAGUGUGACUUUGAAAAAUUCUGUCAUUUAAAGAAAGAAUAAUGGGAGCUGAAAAUACAUUAGAUAUUGUGCCUUUAAGCUCUUUUGUGAGUGAUUAUUCUAACAGAUCCCUGUACUGGGCAAGCUUUGUCUUCGCUAUUGCUUUUGUUCUUACUUUUAUAUACGUCAAGUUUAGAUAUAAUAGCUAUGAACUAUUGAAGGCCCCUGGAUCAAAUGCUUCUAAUAUUUUAGUGGCAUAUGCAAUAGUUAAAGCUGUUUGCAACAACAAAAUCGCCCAUCAUAAUGUCGUCUCCUUCCAGACUUUAUGCGGCAUAGUUCACAUUUACGAAAAAGCCAGACUUUUGCGGUUUUGGUUUGGAUUUAAACCAAUUGUGAUAUUUUUCAAGCCAGAAACAGUUGAAGUUGUUCUCAAUAGCAAUGCUGUUCUAGAGAAAUCAUUUGUCUACGAUUUUCUGGCCCCGUGGUUUAAGCAAGGGCUGAUUACGAGUUCCGGCCAGAAAUGGAAAAAGAGGAGGAGGCUCCUGACACCUGCUUUCCAUUUCCGGAUCCUGGACGACUUCUUGCCUGUCAUAGACAAGCACGCACGCUACCUGGCGGAGAAACUGGCCAAAGAAGUCAACAGCGAGUGUUUCGACUUGGUGCCAUACAUCACGCUCUGUUCUCUUGACAUCCUGUGCGAAACUGCUAUGGGCAAAUAUGUUGGAGCUCAGAAAAGAGAUACACCAUAUGUGAAAGCCCUCAAUGCUGCAUCUCAUCUCUUCGGUACCCGCUUCAUGAAGCCGUGGCUCUGGCCAGAGUUCAUCUUUAGUUUGACAGCAGCGGGGAAAAUAUUCAAAGAGAGUACAGACGUCAUGGACGAGUUCACAAAAGGCGUUAUUCGAGAGAGGAAGGCUUACAUCAUGAACGAAAUGAGAUCCGGAGUGAACAUGGAAGACGCUUUCAACACUGAUAACUUCGGGACGAAGCGGAAGAAGGCGUUUCUGGAUUUGCUCCUAUCCGAGCAUCUCUCCGAUCCGAAAUUCACCGAAGAGGAUAUCACAGAGGAAGUGAACACAUUCAUGUUUGCCGGUCACGACACGACGGCCGUGGGCAUGAGCUGGGCUCUUUACUUGAUUGGGCAGGACCCCAAAGUUCAAAAGAAGUGCCAAGAAGAAUUGGAAGAGAUCUUCGGAGACGAUUACAGCCGCCCAUUCACUUUGGAUGAUGUGAAAAAUCUUAAAUAUAUUGAAUGCGUCCUCAAGGAAAGUCAGCGGUUGUAUCCAUCGCUGCCUUACAUAGGACGAGUAUCCAGUAGUGAUAUAGUUGUGAAUGGCUACACCAUUCCUGCUGGCACGAAUUGCAUGAUUUUCACUUAUAUGCUUCACAGGGAUCCGGAAAUGUUUCCCGAUCCAGAGAAAUUCGAUCCGGACCGUUUCCUGUCGGAGAACUCAGUAGGGCGGCAUCCCUUCGCGUAUGUCCCGUUUUCAGCGGGACCCAGAAACUGUAUAGGUCAACGAUUCGCCAUGAUGGAGCAGAAAGUUGUUCUCGCUCAUGUACUGCUGAAUUAUGAAGUCAAGUCUCUGGUUCCAAGAGAUCAACUCCAGCUGACAGCAGAGAUGGUCUUAAGGUCAUACAAUGGGAUAAUGAUGCAGCUCACACCUAGAAGUUGAAAGAAUCGGAAUAAACCAUAAGCAUCAAAUGCGUACUUGUAUUUAAAAAAGUUGCGUUACUCAGGACAAUAUCGUGUAAAUAUAGAAUCGUUUCAGUUUGCUGCACAUGAGAUUAUGCUAACUGCAAAUGAAUGUUCAUAGUGUACAGCUUCGCCUUGCAUUUUUAUAUUAUAACUAGCUGCUUAUUUCAAUGAAUUGUUGACAUAUGUUAUAAAGAUAUUAUACAGAUAUAUAUCAAGGGUAUGCUUCUCUGUUAUUUUAAUAAGAGUCUUACAGAGUUUUUCUUAAAAUUAAAAUCCUGAUGAAAUGGAAAUAUUUAACAUUUGUAUGUUCAGCUUAUAUUGGGUAUGAACCUCGUAUUUGUUUCAAAAUUCUUUAGUGGAAAUAUGGAAAUGGUCGAAAAUAAAAUUUAAUUAAAUAAAUGAUAAUAAUUAAAUUCUCAAUAAGCACGCUUUGAGUUUGUAAUUUUAUGUAGAAAUUAUUUCUGCGCGGUUAAAAUAUCUCUUUCAAUAAUAAAUAUUUUAUUUUGCAUCUUGAGAGUAAGGAGAGAAUUUUAUUUAUUCAAAAAUAAAAUUCAUUAAUAAGUGCAAAUGAAAUAAUUGGUGUAUUUCAACUCUGAUAAUGAUUUUUUAAAAAAGAGAAAACUUUUUGUUUAAAGAUAUUUUUUAUCACUUUUUAAUUUAUUUAUCAGUGAAAUAAAUUUAUAUAUAUUCCAUGGAUGGUAAUCGAUUUAAGGAUAGUAAUCGAUUAUAUAUCUGAAUAAAAUAUGAAAUCUUCAAUUAAAGUUUAGAAUGUCAGAAUCCAAUAGAUUGAAACUGUAAAUAAAUAAGAUACGACAUCAUUGAUAUUUUUUUACUGUUGAUUAUAUUUAUUUUCUAAUUAUUAUUUGUAUCCUGACCAUUUGUAUGGAAGGUAAAAUCAGAAAUUAGCUGAACAGUUCUUUAUAUAUGCAUAUAUAUAUUUGAAAUAAUGCAUUUUAAAUAGAUAUGAGUUUAAAAAGUUAAUUACAUCAUUUUUUAUUUUAAAAGAUUAAAUACUAUUAACUAAAUUAUAUCUAAGCAAAAUUAAAUUAUUUUAGAACAUUUAUUGUAUACAAUUUAAUGAGAAGUUGAAACUUUUGGUAUUGGCUCGCAUUUUUAUCAAUAAAAAUAUUUUUGUAAAUAGAAGUAUAUCUUCCAGACACAUUCUUUAGGUUUUCAAAACCGAAUUAAACCUUUUCUCGAACAAAAUUGACUUCAUCAUUCACACAUACAACUAAAAAAUAAAAUAAUUGUCUUUCCUAAUACUAUAUUGCUUUGGAAUCGAAUUUGCAAAUCCGUUAUGUUUUAGAAAGUCCUCAGAAAAAAUCACGGAAGUAUGAUCAUGGAUUUUAGGUGAAAAAAAUUUUAUUUCUUCAUUUUAUGUUGUGAUAAAAAAGUCAACGUACACAUGUCGGAAUUAAACUUUUACGUUGUAUUUAUGUAAAUAUUAUCUUAGAUUUUUGUCAAACUUAUCUGUGUAUGUAUGUUUUCCAUUGUGGUUUAAGGCUUUUAUAAUUUCAUGUUUGUGCAAUACUGCAUAUUGUAUAUUACAAU